AUGAGCGGUGAAGGUGUGAUUAGCCGUUCCAAAGACGGAAUCCCACAGUGGGAUGGUGACAGUGCGAGUUUCUCCCGGUAUGAAGAAGAGGCUCUUCUGUGGCAGGAGAGCAUAGCCUGGCAGAAGCGCUACAUGUGUGGGCCAAGGUUGAUUUCGGAACUUACGGGUGCUGCAAAGCGUAUGAUCAUCGACAAGCCAGCUAACUGGGUUUCCUACAAUGGUGGGGUGGAAGUUCUACUUGGACACUUGAGAGAAUGCCUCGGGCGCCCUCAAGUAACAGAGUUGACUGAGUUCCUCAACCAGUAUUUCAGGAAUUCCCGGAGGAAGCCUGGUGAGACGAUCAACAGCUAUGUGACCCGCAAAACAGAAAUCUACAUGCGAGCCCGACAAGCCCUUCGCCGGCUAAAGCCUCACCAAGAAGCGCAGGGGACUACGGCCAGGAAUGCGACCUCAACAACACAUCUGGCAUAUGGGAGCCGACGCUCCAGCUGGACGUCAGAGGCCGAGGGCCAGACAGCGGAGGCGGCAACGGCGGAGGAGGAACAUGGCGAGGAGACCGAGCCCGAGGAUCCUUGGCGCAGCUGGCGCGGCACAUGGGGCGGCCACCCGCCUUACUGGACAAGCUGGCAGUGGCAGGGCAAUGCGUGGAGCUGGACUUCCGGUGCUCCGUGGAAUACGGGCGACGGAGCUUCGUGGACCACGGGGAGCUCGUGGGGAGGAAGCCAGCCUCGAUCCACGGAUGGAGCCAACGACGCGGACCAGCUACUCCCCGACUGGGUCCAGGGGUGGUAUCUGUUGCAAGAUGCCGGCUUGACAGCUGGCGAGCGCAACAUGAUCUACACGGCUCUGAAGGGCGAGUUCAGUAUGAACCGGGUUGCGCAGGAGCUGCGUAACCAGUGGCCGGAACAUGAGAUCAAGCGCCAUGACCAACAGCAUCGUGCCAGUGGGUUUUUGGGCCAAGUGGACGACAUCAGCGAUGACGAGGCGGACACCAACGUCUCCUUCAACGAUGAGGAGCUCAACGAAGAGGGCCAGGCCCUCAUGGCGGAGACUGAGGAUCAGGCGGCGGAGGCAUUGGCAGUGAUCCAGCGGGCGAAGAAGACGCUCAAAGAGGCCAGGGCCCGCCAACAUAACGUCCGCAUCUCCAGGAAGUACUACCGGGGCGGACCUCCUUCGGGAGGAGGGGCAUCAAGCUCAGGACCGCGUGAUGACAGCCAUAUUACCUGUUUGCGCUGCGGGCGCACAGGUCACCGCGCGGCAAACUGUGAUCAGCCUCCCACCUUCCAGAAGAAGGAGGAUGCUCCCUUUGUCUGCUUCGCCCAGUCCGAGACCGCUACUCCGGACCCGCAGGCAUGGGCCACAGGGCUAAGCACGAGCGAUGCAGUGGCCCAAGGAAUGGGGGUGCUGGACGGUGGAGCCACUAAGACCUUAGGCUCAGUCCAGGCAAUCGAGCACCUCAUGGCUAAGAACCAGGCGAAGCAUGGAAGUGACGGCGUGGCUGGGGUCGAUUUGGAAAAUCGUCCCGUUUUCGGUUUCGCCGACUCCGGAGAGGCUCAGUGUCUAUCGACUGUACAGUUGCAGAUUUCCGCCGCAGGGCAGCCGGGACGGCUGCAGAUCCACGCCUUAGACAAAGGCGGAGGACCAAUUUUGAUUUCGAUCGCAACUUUAAGGUCGCUGAAGGCCAUUUUGGACUUCGAGAACGACCUGUUGGUGUUACGUGCCCUGAGCACAAAGCGUGUGAUUCCCCUUCAAAGGUCAGCUACGGGCCAUCAGCUGAUUGAUCUUACGAGCGAUUUGUUCAAGGAAUCACACGAGGCUGUCACAGACAUUCCAGAUUUGAAGCACUACAUAGACCGUAUCCACGCCGUGCCGAGCAACAUGGACAAGUGGAACAGGACCCAGCUGAUCAACGAGAUCAACAAGAUGGGCGAAAGGCCGCCCACCUCGUGGGGCAAAUCCGAGCUCCUACACCGACUCAGGGAGCUGUACGAGGAGCAAGGCAAGACGGCGCCCAAGGGGAAGCGCACGCCGCUACGCGAGCAGGUGAUCCAGCUGAACAAGCACAAGACCAAGAAGAGCAACCUUGUGGAAUACCUGGAGAAUACUCUCCAGAUCAUGGUGAAUGGGAACGAAACCAUGGCUCAGUUGGAAACCAAGGCGCUCAACCACCUCUACAUGACAGUGGAGGCCACGUCGGAGGACUUGGUGGGAUUCGGAAAGCACUCCGAGAAGACGUACGGGGAUCUUCUUUCUCAGUGCCCACAGUACGCUUCGUGGGUGUUGAAGACUCGAGCCGAGACCGCGGAGAUGAACCCCAGGAUGCUACGCCUUGCGGCGUGGUUGCAGAAGGCUACGGACACGAAGGGCCCAGUGCAACCGGCCAGCUCUCUCAAGCUUCACAUCAAGACGGGCAAGGGCUACAUCGAGGAGCCCGAUUUCGACGAGGACCAGUCAGGAUCGGCCAGCACUUCAGCAGCGCCUGCGCCUGCCGCAGGGAAGGGUGCUACCACGGACCAGGCGAUUCUCGAGGUGAUGAAGGGUUUGGCGGGAGCGGUGCAGCAGCUCCAAUCGGAGGUGAGCGAGAUGAAGGGCGAGCGACCGCGCAAGGUAGAGCCGCGGCGGCUAGAGUGCACAGGUGAUAGCCAGCUUCCUAUCCAGUUUGGACUUGGAGAGACCUGCGUCUGCGGAGAGACGAAAUUGCAGGAAGCCGAAACAGGUUCAGGGCACCCCAGACCCGAGGUGAACCCAGGUGCAAACGGGGAUACCCAGGGAAGUAGCUCAAACACCCGUGAGACGCAGCAGAGGACGGAGGCCAUGCCCCAGACUAGUGAGUACUUGAACCAGCUGUUCAGGAAGUACGCGGGAGUAGGCAACUACACCGGAGGAGAACUCUGGGUGGAAGCCCCACCCGAUUACCAGGGGGAAGACGCCCUGGCUCAGGAACGCGAAGAUGGCCUGGCGUGGGACCAUGCCGUGGACAGGAUUUUCGGAAAGGGCUUCGAGGGUUUGGUUUUCCGUGUCCUAAGAACACGCAAUCUGGCCACGCUGGAACCGCUCCCUCCCCGAUGGACAACUGUUUCAGCCGACAUAGGAGCCGUCAAGUGCUUGGAGUACCUUCAGGCCGUUGAGGCUUUCUGUGAUAGACAACAGAUCUACCUGGAGGUGAUCCCAGGGGAAGCUCAUUGGAAAAUUGGGGUAUGUGAACAGGCUAUUCAAGGAGUCAAACAGGUGAUGACGAAGAUGUGUGAAACUGAAGCCUCGGUGACCCCCGCUGAAGCCUUAGCCACUGCCAUCCGAACCUUCAACCAUCGAGAAAUCAUACGAGGUUUCUCUCCUGUGCAGCAUGCGCUGGGACACGCCACGGACGAGGUAGGACAUGCUUUGGAUGUCAUGGCCCAAGUUCCUGUGGAGAGUCUGUGGGAAGAUCCAGUAGGAGAAGUAGAGCGGGCAGCCAAGAACCGUGCAGAGGCCGAGAAGGCUCAUUCAGAAUGGAUAGCCCAGCAAAGAAUCGUGCGAGCGAGCAACUCUCGCUCACAUCCUGUCCUGGAUUUCCAACCAGGAGAACUGGUGUUCUUCUGGAGAGCACAGACGGGACAGCAAGGACGCAGGCAACCAGGAGAUCGCCAUGGACGCUUCCUUGGCCCAGCAAGGGUGUUAGCAACCGAGAAGGGCCGAGACGCCAACGGUCAGUUGCGACCCGCCAGUUCAAUCUGGCUGGUGCGAGGCCGCAGCCUUAUCAAGUGUUGUCCGGAACAUCUCCGGAGAGCAUCCGAGCGAGAGGAAUUACUUGAAUGUCUGGCUGAAGGAGAUGACCGUACGCCGUGGACGUUUCGACGUGUUGCGCAGGAGAUAGGAGGCAACCAGUACAAGGAUUACACCGCGGACCAGCCCACCGGAACCGAGUGGGAAAGAGCACAGGAUGUGGAAAUGGAGCAUCCGCCUCUUCGCCGACGACUUCGCGGUAAGCGCACGAGUGACGACAUGGAACCUGCUCAGGAUCAGAGCCUGGGACAGGAGCCAGCCACCGGAAGUCGCUCCCGAGGGCGACGCGCGGAACCUGAGCCCCACCUAGGGUUUGCCCAGGCAAGUGCCUGGUGGUCCGAGAUCAAGGAGGAGCAGUGGCAUCACGCGCCCACAGCCUAUUGGACAGACGAGACAGCAGCGGUGGAAGUUGAGAUACCCAUGCCCGACAGCCAACGGGCAUGGCAGACCUUCCAUCGGGACGCACAAAGCUACUUUGUGGGGGCUCUCAAGCGCCGGGCAGUGGAAGUGUCAGAGCGACGUCUUUCGGAAAAGGACAAGCAGGCCUUUCGCGAGGCGAAAUCCGUGGAGGUGCGCAAUUUCAUCGCCGCCAAAGCCUUCGAGACGCUUCCAGAGGACAAACGUCCCAGUGCUGAUCAAGCAAUCAAUAUGAGGUGGAUUCUCACGUGGAAGGUUCGUGAAGACGGGAGCACUAAGGCAAAGGCCAGAGCAGUGCUAUUAGGCUUCCAAGACCCCCUCUACGAGUUCCGAUCAACCACAGCUCCAGUGAUGACCAGGCAGACACGCCAGAUGCAACUUCAAUUAUCAAGCAUCAAGCAAUGGCAGGUGCAGAAAGGAGAUGUGUCUGGAGCGUUCUUGCAAGGCCGCGAAUAUCCUGGCGAGCUGCUAUGCAUCCCUUGCCCAGAAAUCUGCCAAGCCAUGCAUAUUCCAGAAGGAUCAGUGACCAGGCUUAAACGAGCUUGCUAUGGUUUGGUGGAUGCACCCCUUGAAUGGUAUCGGACAGUGGCCGACUACUUCCAGGAGCUUGGACUAGUAAGAACAUGGUCCGAUGCUUGCAGCUGGGUCUGGAGACCCAAUGGGGAACUGAGAGGGAUGAUCACCGGACAUGUUGAUGACUUCAUGUUCAGUGGACGGUCAGAUGACAAGGAGUGGCAAGCUCUCUUGGAAAAGAUCAAACAGAAGUUCAAGUGGGGCGAUUGGGAAUCAGAUAAGUUCGUUCAGUGUGGGGUGCAAGUGGAAGCUACUGCUGAAGGUUUCCUUCUGAGCCAACCCCGCUACGUAGAGGGUCUCAAGGAGAUCCCCCUAAGUGCCACACGACGCAAGGACCUCAAGAGUCCUACCUCGGAUUACGAAAAGUCCCAGCUUCGUGCCGCCUUAGGCGGCCUUUCGUGGCACGCCCAACAGGUUGCGCCACACGUGUCUGCUGAGGUCAGUCUCCUCCUCAGCGAAGUGACCUCCAGCACUGUGAACACAGUGGUUAAGACGAACCUCCUGAUAUACCACACCAAAGCCCGGAAGGAGCAUCAGAUGCGCAUCCACAGGUUUGGACCUCAGGAGGAACUGGGCUUGUACGCCUGGGUGGACGCGGCGGAUCAGAACCGCCACGAUGGCGGAAGUAUCCAAGGAAUCCUAGUGGGUAUAGGGCCCUUGAACAUGAUGCAAGGAGAGCUUGGAAAGGUCAGCAUCUUAGCAUGGCAUUCUACUAAGAUUGACAGAGCAUGCCGCUCCCCAGGAGCAGCGGAGACCCAGGCUGCAGUGAACGGUGAGGACGCCUUGUUCUUUGCCAGGUACCAGUGGUCAGAGCUCUUGCAUGGAGUACAAGAUCUACGAGACCCCGCAGGGCAGGUCAAACGAGUACCAGGCUGCGUUAUUACCGACUCCCGCAACGUGUACGACAAGUUGCAAUCAGAGGUGGUAGUGAUCAAGGGUGCCGAAAAGCGGACAAACAUUGAACUGCUUAGCCUUAAGGAGGCCCAGAUGUCCCAUGAUCUACAAGUACGUUGGGUACAUUCAGAGGCACAGCUCGCCAACGCUUUAACCAAAGCCGGGCCAUGUCGUGAACUGGAACUGUUCUACAGAAUGCAGUGUUCUUGGAAGAUUGUGGAGGAUCCAAGCAUGCGUUCAGCACGCAAGCGCAAGAGCGAAGGUCUUGCACCGCUUAGUUCAGGAGUGGAAAACUAG